AUGGAAACUGUAACAUAUCUAUUGGUUCUCUUGGGAGAUGGACAAUUCCACUACUUCACCUUCAGUAGAGAGACAGGUGCUCUAACAUACAUUGAAAAAGUAUUCAUCGGCGCUCAACCUACCGCACUUCUUAAAAUUGAUCGUGAAGGUGCCACAAACAUUUUUAUCGGCUCUGAGCGCCCAAUCAUGAUGUAUUCAUCCAAUAACAAGCUUGUAUUCAGCGAUCUAUUAUCGAACGUUGUUGUGGAUUUGUGCUUACUCAAUUCCGAGAAAUACAAAAACUGCUUCGUUAUCUCCGAUGAAAAAGCCUUGUCGAUUUCAACGAUUGAGUCAGCACCGCGAUUACAUGUUCGUUCCAUAACCACUGGAGAAGCUGUUAAAAAAAUUGCUUAUCAAAAGGAAACAAAUACUAUCGGGAUCCUGUGUGAAAGACCAGAGGGAACUUCUAAAAGCUCUAUAUCGAAGUCAGCUACUCUCCUAACUCGAGCUGGUCCAGAUAUAGCUGCAAAUAUCAGAAACACAAAUGGAAGUGAUGAUGGUAUGGUUCAUUCGUUUGUUCUCCUCAACGCAGACACAUUUGAACCUUUGCAUACUUAUGAGUUCCCUUAUAAUGAGCAUGUGGUAUCCAUCACCUCCGCUAAGCUUGGUAGUGAUCCCAAGACAUACUAUAUCGUGGGGACCGCCAUAAUACGAAAUAGAGAAUUUCGAGUGUCUUCAGGAAGGAUCACCUUCUUUGAAGCGAAUCUCGGAAACCCGCACUUUUUAGUAAGAGUUUUCGAGAAACAUACUAGAGGAUGCCCUUUCUCUGUGAACGUUCUGAGAUCGAACCUUAUUGUAGCGCUCAACAGUUCUGUAAGAGUUUUCAAAUGGAUCAUGCCUGAUAGAGCUGAUUUAAAACUGGAAUGUUCUUACUUCAAUAACUUAUCCGCUUCACAAGUCAAAGUUGAAGGAGAUCUUGUUGUUGUUGAUGAUGUUCUUAGAUCAUUUGGUAUUUUAAGCUAUAACCCCGUGGAGAACACUCUUGAAGAAAGAGCACGAGAUUACCGCGGGAUGUGCAUGACUGCUCUUGAGUUCAUAGAUGCAGAUACGAUCAUUGGAUCUGAUAUUGGAUACAAUAUCAUAGUUGGAAAACUGACCAAGCCUCCGCAUUUUGACAGCUAUGAAUUCUUAGAAAAGGGGCUUUAUCAUAUCGGAGAAGCUAUAAGUACUUUUCAAAGAGGAGUUUUUCGCGCCAGCUCGUUAAAUCGAUCCAUUUCUAUUGGACAACCUGUCAUAUAUGGAACUACUGAUGGCACUAUCGGCAUGGUUGCCCAAAUACCUCAUGAGACCUAUAGACUUCUUGCGGCGGUGGAAUCUGUGGUUAUCAAAAAACUGCCAAACUAUGCUAGAAUUCCAUAUACAUCUUACCGACGCUUUGAAACUGAAGGAGCUGUAGAUGUGGCUUUCGGAUUCAUAGAUGGUGACAUGGUCGAAUUUACAUUAAAGCUCUCUCGGGAGGACCAAUUGGAACUUUUCAGCUCUCUGCAAAUACCAGAUUAUCUUUCGAUGAACGCAGAACAAACUGUGGAUGAAGUAAUGGAAAAAGUGAAUGAUCUUGCCCGUAUUCAUUGA